GUGCGUCACAGAAUGGCCUCGGACACCCAGGGAGCUCCUGACGUGUCGGGGAGGAGCCGGGCGCGGAGGUGCGCGGAGUGGAGCUCAGGGCUGCGGAGGGGAGCAGAGGCAAGCGGCUGGGCGGGCCUGGCCAGGCCAGCGGAGCAGAGACGUCGGUCGGGCUGCGGCGAACAUGCGCUUUUGACACAGUGGAGGCUUUCUUGAUCAUGGAUGGUGAAGAUAUACCAGAUUUUUCAAGUUUAAAGGAGGAAACUGCUUAUUGGAAGGAACUCUCCUUAAAGUAUAAACAAAGCUUCCAGGAAGCUCGGGAUGAGCUAGUUGAAUUCCAGGAAGGAAGCAGAGAAUUAGAAGCAGAGUUGGAGGCACAGUUAGUACAGGCUGAACAAAGAAAUAGAGACUUGCAAGCUGAUAACCAAAGACUGAAAUAUGAAGUGGAGGCAUUAAAGGAGAAACUAGAACAUCAAUAUGCACAGAGCUACAAGCAGGUCUCAGUAUUAGAAGAUGAUUUAAGUCAGACUCGGGCCAUUAAGGAGCAGUUGCAUAAGUAUGUGAGAGAGCUGGAGCAGGCCAAUGAUGACCUGGAGCGAGCAAAAAGGGCAACAAUAGUUUCACUGGAAGACUUUGAACAAAGGCUAAAUCAGGCCAUUGAACGAAAUGCAUUUUUAGAAAGUGAACUUGAUGAAAAGGAAUCUUUGUUGGUCUCUGUACAGAGGUUAAAGGAUGAAGCAAGAGAUUUAAGGCAAGAACUAGCAGUUCGGGAAAGACAACAGGAAGUAACCAGAAAGUCGGCUCCUAGUUCUCCAACACUAGACUGUGAAAAGAUGGAUUCUGCUGUCCAAGCAUCACUCUCUUUGCCAGCUACUCCUGUUGGCAAAGGAACAGAAAACAGUUUUCCUUCCCCGAAAGCUAUACCAAAUGGUUUUGGUACCAGUCCACUAACUCCUUCUGCUAGAAUAUCAGCACUAAACAUCGUUGGGGAUCUCUUACGGAAAGUAGGGGCUUUAGAAUCCAAAUUAGCAGCUUGCAGGAAUUUUGCAAAGGACCAAGCAUCACGAAAAUCCUAUAUUUCAGGGAAUGUUAACUGUGGGGUUCUGAAUGGCAACGGCACAAAGUUCUCUCGAUCAGGGCACACGUCUUUCUUCGACAAAGGCAACAUCCUUCAGAAAGCUCACACUUCUUCAGUUUGGGGAACAGAGUGGUGGGGAAGGGCUUUGGAGUCAAGAGCGACCCCCUGCCUUCAACUCCGGCUCUCUGAGUUGCCAGGUAAGUCACCAGAGGAGGCAAAUUCCUUAGCUUCUUUGAGCCUCAGCUUCCUCACCUGUUGGAUGGGGAUGAUGGAGGAUUAAACGGGGAACAACAUGUGCAGGAGCCUAGCACACGCCUGGUGCAGCACAGGGACCCAGUAAAUGUCACUCACCUCAUCUCCCCCCGUACGCAGACUUCACAAUGCUAUUUCUGAGAUCGUCCCUUUUAGGAACAUCUUCCCAGAUAUGUGAGAGCACGCACACACAGAAUAUUUCAGUACACACGUGUUAACCGAGCAGGCCUGAGACUGCUCUCCUUAGAAAGGCUGGCUUGCAAUGCUGCCCUUUGGCUGGCGCCUGGGAACUUAGAUUUUGGGAGGGCUCCCACCAUUCCCUAAGCAAAAAGAGGGGCUCACGGUGCCUCAAUUACUUGUGCAAACACUGGUUUAUGCUGAACACCUGCUUUCCUUCUGGGAGUCUGGAGUUUUGGUGUGCGCCAGGCAGGGAGUGCCUACAUGGCCAUUCCCAGCACAGACCCUGGGCACUGGGUCUCUAAGGAGCUUCCUGGGAGACAGCAUUUUAUAUGACAGGUGCUGUCAUGUCUUGUUGCUAGAGGAAUUAAGUGCGUCCUGUGUGAUUCCACUGGGAGAACUGGAAGCUCCAGCCCAGGCCCUCUCCCAGGCGCCCUUUGCCUUUGCCGCCUUUGCUUUGUAUCUUCCCACCGUGAUAAACCAGCGCUGUGAGUGGGCUACACGCUCAGUCCUGAUGUCUCCUAGAGAACCACUGAGCUGUACAGUGGUCUCGGGCCUCUGGCACAACACAGUUCUGUAACGUUUCUUCAAUGCAGCAAUACACAGUGUGUAUCUUUUCUUACCGAUAAAUAUCCGACUAUAUCGUUUUGCUGGUUAUAAGUCCAUUAUUGGACUUAAGUUAUUUUCAAUUACAGUUGGCCCUCCAUGGGGUCCAUAUCUAUCCAACCAUGGAUCAAAAAUACUCAGAAAAAAAAUGUCAUGUGUACCGAACAUGUACAGACUCUUUUGGUCAUUAUUCCCUAAAUAAUAUAGUAUUAACAACUAUUUAUAUAGCAUUUACAUUGCAUUAAGUAUUAUAAGUAAUUUAGAGAUGAUUUAAAGUAUAGAGGAUAUGCAUAUCUGCAAACACUAACUACACCAUUUUAUAUUCAGGACUUGUGCCUCUACAGAUUUUGAUAUUCACAGGAAAUCUUGGAACCAGUCCCCCGUGGGUACGGAGGGGUGGCUGCACAUGCACACUGUUCUGUGAUGAACAGUCUCAGAGCUAAAUCUGUGUGACAUCCUUAGUUAUUUCCCUGGGAUAAAUGACUAGCCAUAGACUUACUGGGUCUAAGGGUAUUCCUAGUUUAAGGCUCAUGAUACAAAAUUACCAAACUGUCCUCUAGAAAAGGUUGUAUUAAUUUAUACUUCAAUUAGCAGUAUAUAAAAAAUUCAAUUUUCUCAAAUCUUUACCAAUGCUAGGUAUGAUUUUUUUGCUCAUUGUUCCUAUUCUCUUAUUUACUAGACUAACAGAGAAGUUGAAGUUGUGCUCAAAACCAUUCAAAGAACUAUAAACAUAAUUCAAAGUGGAAUUGACUAGGUUUAAGGCCAAUGCAUGCUAUCUUAGUCUUAAAAUAAAUACUAUUUAACUUCAUCAAAGUCACAUACACUAGGGACACGGAGGAUUUGAUGUAUUUACUUGUGAUGGUGACUUUCGGGCAUUUCACGGCACAUUAGCUGCGGGCUUGCCACGGCCACAGAGGGAUAAAAUGGGUCAACUAUGGCUAUAUGUUACAGCAGGAUGUGCCCAGGUUGAGG